AAAAUAUCGAAGAACUUCUCGUCCUAUCGAAACAAAUUCAAUCGAACAAAAUGUCAAUCAUUUGGAAACGAUUAAUGAUGAUGCAGCAUCCCCCUCGAUAAUGAUUACGAACAAAUGGAUCGAAAUCCUGAUUUUGAACCGAUGGAUAGUUUUGAAAUGAAUCUAAAUGAAUACCAUGAAGAAAAUGAAGAUGUCGAAAUGGAAUCAAAUGCUAGCAAUAAUGAUUCUGAUGAUAAAAAAUUCAUGUUCAACCUGGAAUGUUAUAUUUGCAAGAUUAAAUUCGGCGAUGCCAUUUCUGCUCAAAAACAUUUCCUCAAACAUCACAAACAUUCCAAUUAUAAAGGAAUGGUGCCUAUCAUGAAGAAUCACGAUCAAAAUCUCGAGGAAAGCACAAGUUGGAUUGGACAACCAACUACUACAACAAAUCAAAAGAAAGUUUUUGAUAGUAAUGCCAAGAACAUCCAUGUAUGCAAUUUUUGUGGCUACAAAACACGUUGGAUUUCCGAACUCGAGCGUCAUAUUCGUGUUCAUUCUAAAGAUAAACCUUUUAAAUGUUUGUUCUGCAAUUUUCGUAGCAAAUGGAAAGGCGAUCUUAAUCGUCACAUUCAACGAUAUCAUUCUAACGAGGCAAAUCUUCAGGACCUAGAAAGCAGUGACAAUAGUACCAAUGGUGGUGGUGGUAUUCCCAUUUCAUCAAACAACAUGUCACCCGACGAUAACCAAGAUGAUACAAUGAAUGAAGAUUCAUGCAUGACUAAUGGUGAUUAUGAAAUGUCAGAAAUGGAUGACGAUAACACGGGAUUAGGCCAAGAUGACCAAAUUAAUCCUAACGUUCAAGAUAAUGAAAUUUUUGAUCUGGAUAAUUCUGAAAUAAUGAACGGUAAUAUAGCUAAAAUGUACAAAUGCACAUAUUGCGAUUUUACGUGUAGUACAGCAUCUCGAUUUCAUGUUCAUUAUGUUCAACAUCUCAAUACAAAACCAUUUCAAUGUUCGGUUUGCGGUCAUCGUUCUAAUUGGGAAUGGGAUGUUACUAAACAUAUUAAAAUGAAAGCCCAACGAGAUCCAAUCCAUGAAAAAGCUCAUCCAGUUCUGAUUCAUGAUUCGGGUAAAAGAGAUUAUUCAAAAUAUAAUAAAUUUGUUGUUUGGAUUGGCCGUGAAGAGGCAGACAUUGCUAAUGAAGUGAAUAAUCGAAUCGAUUUUCGUGCUCGACGAUUCAAGAAUGAAAGUGAUGAAUGUGAAAACGAAGACAAUGGUUUUAAUGAAACCGCUAGAAGUUUGCUGAUACCUGAAGUUAAUUUUGAAAUCGAUGAUGAAUUCGGUGUUGAAGGCUGCACUAUUCGAAAAUAUUCGACAAGAUCUUCAAUUGUUUUCAGGCAUCCAAAUUCAAGUUCAAAACCUAUAUCAUGUUCUCAAUGCGAUUUUCGUCAUCAUUUUGCUCGUGUCAUGGUAGCUCAUAUGUCUAGUCAUAAUCAAGCAAAGCCAUAUGGUUGCACUGAAUGUUCGUUUGAAACCAAAUGGAAAGAGAUGAUCUUGGAUCAUUAUUCCAACAUUCACGAAAAUAGAAAUCCCAAUGAAUUCCAAAUACGUUUCCGUUGUGCCAUUGAUGAAAACUCUAUUUGUCGAAUUUUAUCUGCUGACGAAGUUGAUCGUUUUGAAAAGAACAACGUGUCAAAAAUAUCGAUUUCGGUUGUUGGAUCAACUCCUCCAUCACAUUCUACUUCGACAGCAAGCAUCACAUUGCAAAAUGAUCAUCAGAAUUCUAGUCUUAUCGAACCUAAUAUCUAUGAGGAAAAAACUGUGAUUCGAUGCGAACUUUGUCCAUUCAUUACGACCAACAUGAAAAAAAUGUCGAUCCAUUGUCGAUUUCAUAAUCCAUCAAAAGGUUCACUUAAAUGCAAACAGUGUCCAUAUUACAUCAAUAAUCCAGAUAAAUUGAUGCGACAUCAAAAAUUGCAUCAAAAGACAGACUCCGUUUCAUUGUCGGCACCAUCAUCGUUAUCUACUUCGCAUUAUCGUACAAAUAUAAAUAAUGAGAGUUCAAAUGAUGUUGAUUAUCAACAUCAAUCAAAACUUAAAUAUUCGUCAUUGAUUUCCUGUUCUUUAUGCUCAUUCCAAACUUCAAAUGUUCAAACAUUGAAUGAUCAUAUGAAUAAUUCCCACAAUCUUAUACAUUCCUCUCAAACAAAUCUUGCUAUUGACGAUAACAUUGGCGAUAAUGGGGAUUAUGAAUUGAGCGAAAAUAUUUUGGAACAAACAUUAGUCGAAAAUGAUUAUAAAGAUAGCUCAUCACCACAGAAUAAUGAAAAUCAUGAUUGCGUUCAUUCAUCAUCAUCAAACUCAAAGAAUUAUGGUGAUGAUAAACAUAAUAAUUUGAUCGCUGUUGAUAGCAUUAAGAAUGGUGAUGAAGCUAAAAUAUUUUCUUAUGUUUGUCCAGAUUGUCCAGCGGCAUUCAAGAGUCCGGGUGAUUAUAAUGUUCAUGCUCAUUUUCAUUCAUCUAAUUAUCAACAUGCUUGUCCAUAUUGUACCUACAAAGCACGGAAUAAGCCACAGCUAUGCAAACAUCUUUAUGUGCAUACGGCUGAAUAUAUAGCUAAACGAGCAAGUUCAUAUCCGCAAGGUACGAAAUUAAAAGUCGAAAAUCAAAUAAAUGUCACCAAGUCGAAUUCGAAUGAUCAAACAUCAUCAUCAUCAUCAUCAAAGACUAAUUCGACAAACAACAUGGUGAACAAGCCUUCAAUGAAAAAAACUGUACGUAAACAUAGAACAAAAAUACCAUUUCCAAUGAAACCGGUAAAAGCUCGUCUGAAUAGUGAAGAGAAUGGCAAACAAAACAUUAUAUUCAAAAGUAACGAUUUGAUGGCUAGUCAAGAAUUUUUAGAAACUAAAGAAUAUCUACAAAGAAUUAAUUCGGGUAUCAAAAAUCGUUGUAUGUAUCGUUGUUCAAAAUGUCCAGCAGUAUUUACUAAAGUCAACACUUUGAUCUAUCAUACGUCAUUGCACGAACAAAAUUCUAGAUUCACUUGCGAAUCAUGUAAUUAUUCCACCGAAACUGAAGAUAAUCUAAGUAUACAUUCAUUGUUACAUAAUCUUACUGAAUCACAAUCUGCUUUGGGCUAUAAUUUCAAUUACAAUUGUCAUAAAUGUCCAGCGGGAUUUUCCAAACGAUCACGUUUAGAAAAACAUUUAUCACUACAUGGUGCUCAAUUUAAUUGGAAAUGCGAUAAAUGUGAUUACUCAGUACGAUAUGCAGCUACAUUAGUCAAACAUCGGGCAAUACAUUUGAUCAAUCCGAAUUUUCAAGCAAUGGAAUAUGGCCAAUUUGAUAAUACAGCUAAUGAUGAUGAAGUUCGAGAUGAGGCACAACAACAUUCUUACGCCGUUCAUCAAGAAUCGAAUGAUGUUGAAGAUUGUGAAAACUAUACGAAACCAGAUUUAAAAUUAAAAUUAAAUCUUACAAAACUCAGAGACAAUCUACAUGUUGCUGGUACUAGUUUAAAAAAAAUUCAACUUGAAGAUGAUAAUGACCAAGGCUGUGAUGAUUAUAGUGUGGCCAAUAUGUCAUCCAAUGGACAAGAUGAAGAUGAUGAAGAUUUACCUUAUGCCGAUGAUGAUAAUAUUAAUCCGGCUUUGUUAUUGGAAGAAAGUGUAAUGGGGGAAUGAUCAGGUAUCAUCAUAAAAAGUAAUUUCUAAUUGUCAGAAUUUAAUUUCAUGUCAUCUUUUUAUUCAUAAUAAAUACUCUUAAUAUUGCCAAAAAAAAUGAGUUUUUACAUUUUUUCAUAUCACACUCACCACCAUGGCUAUAACUAUAACAGAUGUUUACUCCAUUUUUUUUUUUUGAUAAAAAACAAUAUUUAUCCGUUUCAAAUUACUGGCUAUUUUCUAUAUAUGUUUGUGAAACAAAAUACAACAUAAUAAUACUUUUCAUUUCUUUGUGUAAAACCACCACCAAACAUACUACACGAGCUUUCCAAGUAUCCCACACACACAUUUUUAUUCAUCAUUUAUUAUUUCUACUAUCAAUAAUACGAAGCUGAUGUAUAAUGUGA